AUGAAAGCUAAAGUCCCAAAAGACUUCAAAUGUCCUGGCAUGACCUCGUAUGAUGGUACGUCCGAUCCAAGCCACCACCUCAGCAACUUUAGAAGCCGGAUGUACCUGAUAGAUGCCUCAGACGCAACUCGUUGCAAGGCCUUCCAGACUACUCUGACAAAAACGGCAAUAAAGUGGUUUGACAGCUUGCCUCCGAGAUCAAUCACAAGCUUUGACAAUCUCGCCAAGAAAUUCCUAGCUAGGUUCUCCAUACAAAAGAACAAAGCCAAACACGCUCCAAGACUGCUAGGGGUUAAACAGGGAGAUCGGGAAAGCCUCCACAGCUACAUGGAAAGAUUCAACAAAGCAUGCCUUGACAUACAGAAUCUCCCCACAGAAGCGGCAAUUAUGGGAAUCAUCAACGACCUACGAGAAGGACCCUUUAGCCAUUCCAAAUCCAAGAAGCAUCCGACAUCUCUGAACGAGGUACAAGAAUGGGCCAAAAAAUAUAUCAACAUGGAGGAGAACUCCCGAUUAGGAGAGACCUCCAAAGCUGGAUUCUCCUACCCACCUCGGGAUAAGGAUAAGGAUUCUAGGGAAAAAGAAGACCAAUCCAUAGAGAAGCCCAGGAAAUACCAUAACUACACCCCUCUUCGGGUAUCCCUAGUGGAUGUCUACCGGGAAAUAUGCAACACAGAAAAGAUCCCGCCAUCCCGCCCAAUAAAGCACAAAAGGGGAGGAAGUAAGACCGAGUACUGCGAAUACCAUAGAAUAUACGGGUACCCCACUAAUGAGUGCUACGACUUGAAGAACGUCAUAGAAAAACUGGAUCGAGAAGGAAGACUAGACCGAUUCCUGGCCAACAGAACGAACGAGCCAGAAAAGAGAAAAAGGGAUGAAGAGGAGGGACGAGCUGAACGACCUCCUCACACCCCAGAAAGGCAUGUUCAUAUGAUCAAUGGAGGAUUCGUAGGAAGAGAAGUCUCUAAAUCAUCCUGGAAAAGACACCUUAAAGAAGUGUUCCAUCUCAGGGAAGGGGAUAGGCCAUCAAACCUCCCCACUAUCGCCGUCACAAAAGAAGACGCGGGCAUCUUCCCCGGGCAUGAUGAUCCCGUGGUCAUCACCAUCAUAUUGGCUAAUGCCAACCUCCACCGAACAUUGGUUGAUCAAGGAAGCUCCGCAGACAUCCUAUUCAAAUCCGCCUUCGACAAGCUCAGAUUGCAAGAAAAAGAGCUCAGAGCAUAUCCCAAUAGUCUGUUUGGGCUCGGAGACACUGACGUGGCAGAAAUUAGCCGAUUAAGAAUUUAUAAUGAAAGUAGCGUUGCAAGUAUAGUUCUUUAA